CCGUAUGUUUUCCUGGACAUGUCCUACUAAACCUCUGCAAGCUGAAAGCCUUGCAAUGGCCAAAGGCCAACGCCCUUCCGACAUGGCCCAGCUUGGCCCAGCUAGGCCUCGCUUCAGCCCUCUCGCUCCAGCUUUCUUAAGCAAAAACUCGUUUCGUAAGCAAUACAUCAACAUUUCACCGCCUUUUGCGCCGCGUCGACCUUAUAAUUCACACAAUGCCAUUCCCACCGUCCCUGGGGUCGCUUCUGCCACGCCUAACCAAUCCUCGCCCGCCUCCCCGCCUCCCUCACACCCUAGCACCCAACCCAAGACUUGUCACAACAAUCACAACCACCACAUUGUACUGCCACUCGACAGCCAGUGCGUUCCACCGGAUCCUGCCGUACUGGCCCUGGGGCAGCCCGCCACUGCAGCCCUGAGUUAUGCUGCUCGCGAGGUACUCUUUCAUGUCGUACUGCCGCUGCUAGCGCUGUGGCUGCUGCAACGCUGGCUUGACCGCAUUGAGAAACGUACACGGGAGGAAGUCCUCGACGGCACCGCAGCCGUCUCCCGCGGCGGCGGCGCCGCUCCCUCCGCCCCGCUCCUGCGC